AAACUGACAAGCCAGACAGAUUUGGUCUGGGUUCAUAGAAGUUCUGGACAGACUGAGACAUGUGGCCGAGACGUUUACUUGGCCGCUUUGAGUUUCACAUGUAAAUGCUUCCUACAUUUGGUUUACAUGGUCGCUGCAUAAUCUAAAGUGUACCAGGAAUCAAGUUGGAUUCUAAGCUACAACUUCAGCUCAUACAUUUGAUACGUUACGGGGAUUAAAGCUGUUAAGUGCUGAAGAUGGCUGGAAAAUCGGAAAAUGGUGGACUCAGGGAGUUUACCGUAAAUGAAGUGGCAGAGCGCUGUCCCAUUUGCCUGGGAGUCAUGAGUCAAGACAACCUAGCUAUGCCUGACAGCUGCUGCCACAUCUUCUGUCUCGGCUGCAUUCUCACAUGGGCAGAGUCACAGACCGUUCCAUCUUGUCCAGUGGACAGACAGUCAUUCAAUGACAUCUACCAAUGGGACACAACUUUGGGACUUGUAUUGGUCCCUGUGAAGAAGAAAAUUGGCGCAUUAGAGCCUGAGAGGUGUUUGUUGAAGAGUCAGCAAAAGGAACUGCAGAUGACCCAAAGGACUCCUGCCAAAGAAAACAGGCAUAUUAAGAAAUGCAAGGAUAAAGACCCUUCUGUAAUCAGCAGGAAAAAGGUUCGACAAGCUUUACACUUCACCUGGUCCCUGUCUACAUCUGGCACAUCACCGGGUACUUUGAUACAGGGCAUUUCUGAACCUCUUUGGGUGGCGGAGGAGGAGUUCUCUGUAUCUGGACAUAAACAAUGUAGGCACCAGACAGAGAAUUUCCCAUGGCUGUUGGCUGCUGUGCCUGUUUCUGCUUGGGGCAACUCCAGACACUGUUUGAAUGCCGUUGGUUGGAGGAACAUCCAGUUCCCCCUUAGAAGCUUCUCACCUUUCUCAAUUUCUACAACACAUUCUGGCUUGGGCCAUUUUGUAUUUCAGGGACGAGGUUAUGCAGUCACAUGCCCAAAAGGAGGGGAGAAGAAAGGGGGUCGGACAUCAAGUUCAAGAUCUCCCUUCAAACAGACUGAGUCUAUGACUUCUAGACGCUCUAACCGUACCAGCAAAGCCCAGGAACAAGCUCCACUGCAAGAUGCUGCAUCCUCACAGUCACAGUCCUCGGACUCAGACUUGUCUGCAAACAUGUCACCCACACUUGGCAAAGCCCCCCUAGCAACUAGAAAGGGCAAACGGCCAGCUUGCCGAAAGUCAGAAGGUAAAAAGACAGGCCAUGGGAGAAGGAAAGCCACUCCUAGACUCCUUAGCAGGCUUACAGCAAGUGAAGAGGAUGAUGGAGUCGACAAGGAGAUUGAAAAGAAUAAGAAAGGUAAAGAGGAAAACAAUGUGGAAUCUGGAAACUCAGAUGCUGAAUCUACUCCAUUGCAGUGGAAUCAGAAUUCUAGCCUUGUCAAUGAAGAACUAUGUCCUAAAUCGUCGUUAAGCAAUUUCAUACUAGAUCAGGGCGAAGUUAGGAGCCAGGUAGACAAAGACAGUUCUCCAGACGAACAACUGUUAGUGAAGGAGACGGAGAGUGGAGAAGGGGUUCCUUCUUCACCAACUGAAGCAUCUCUGGAUUGCCAUGGUGUGUCAUCUGAUGGGAAUCAGGCUGAAGAUCACAAAAACACUUUUUUUUCUGGACAAAUUGAAGACUUGUCACUUCAUUCCAGCUCUGUGUUGCCAUUGGAAAGUCCAAAGUUUCUACAGUCUGGCAAACAUUUGGAAGAAAUACAAGAUGAGAACGCUUAUCCCGUAAGGGUUGUUGCAGAUUCAGUCGAGAAGAACUUUAAAAAGGACAUUUCAAUAGCGGUGAAUGCUGAGAUGGUUCUCAGCACUAUAAGAGAACAGGGACCUUCUGAUGAGUCUCAAUUCUCUGACUCUCUGGUUGGUACCAAGCCCCUGAAAGCUCAAGACACCUCAGAAAAUAAAGCUUUUGAAAAUUUAAGUAUUCACAGUUCGCCAGACUGGACAAAUGAGAUCUCUAAGACCACAACCAAAGUGGACAAUCAAUCAAAGGAUGACACUGAUGGUGUACCAAUGGACUGUGAUACACCUAGCAGUGAGCACAACAAUGACCUGACCAUUAAUCCACAAAUAGAAAGCAGUAUAAUUAAUGCAGAGCUCCUGGCACCCACCAGUCUGAGCUUGCUGGAUGGUAAUGGGAGUCAGCAGGAACAAGAAAGCUCAAGUGGAAUGGAGAGCCAGGACAAAAGGAAUGGUAGACAGCGCCAAUCUCGUUUCCACUCUGCCACCACUACCUGGUCUCCAAAGAAAGACUCCAGACAAGACUCAUCCCGAGGUUCAAGUUCUGGCUCCCGAGAACACACAAGGGAAAGAGAUGGCAGCCCGCCUUCAAGUCACUCCACUCAUAUCCGCAGCUGGGAUAGGGGAGGGAACAAUAAGAAGGACUCAUCCAAAAAAGAAUGCAAUCAUGAGGAAAAGAGCAGAAGGCGGUGUAGAUCUAAAAGCCUCUCCAGAACCAGAUCUCGUUCUAACUCAAGAUCCAGGUCUAGGACAAGACUGUACAAACGUGGAACAUCCCCUGAAAAGCCCACUUCAGGGGCUCAGUUGCCAAGUUGGAAGACAGACCGCUGGGGUGGGGAACGUUGGACAGAUCACAGGAGUGGUGGUGGAGACAAGCGCCGCUUCAAAAACGGAGACCCAUCGCCAGAUCAGGGCUGUUUAACCAAUCUAGAUUGGGUUCAGGAAAAGACCACGGGUGAUGCUGGUGCCAGGAGCCAUGAGACCUUGUCAGUGGAUGAAAACAAUCGCUGGGAUGAUCAAGUAAGCAGUGGGUUGUCUGACUCAUGGUACCGGAUGUGCAACGAGCCGGAGGAGCAAGGAGAAAAUCGCUGGCAGUCAAGAAACAGUUUCUCAGGGACAGCAAAAAAUUCAGGGAGUGACGCAUACAGCCGAUUCAAUGAGAACCGAGAUAGUCGUAGGAAAGAAGCCGAUCUUGGUGAGUUGCCUCUUGACCGAUCAGGUUGGUCAUCAGCUUCCAGUUGGGCAGUAAGGAGAACACUUCCAGCAGAUGUGCAGAGCUAUUACUCCAGGAGGGAGCGAGGUGCUGGGGGAGGAGGAGGCUGGAUCAGACGAGAGGAAGACCAGCCCACAACAGAUCUCCCUAAAGAUGAUCUGACUCUUCAAACACAGAGUGAAAGUCAAGUCUCCCUAGGUGUGAUGCACCCCCAGUUCAAUGUUCUCCACUAUCCCCUGGGUCAACAUGGAGUACCGGUCAACCUGCCGUCAGCAGCGCCAUAUGGAAUGCCGCCUCAGGUCCCCAUACACCUCCAUCCCACAGUGCCUCUCCUACAGGUUCCUUGUGUGACAGCCCAGGGCCUCCCCCCUCCUCCCCCACCACCACCUCCCAUGCAGCAUGGCAGUCUGACAGCCGCCCAGCCAGAUAGCCGCACCACACAGAAACUGCAAAUUCAAGAAAGAGCUGUUAAUGAAGUCAAGACUGCCAUCAAACCCUACUACCAAAAGAAGGACAUCACAAAAGAGGAGUAUAAAGAGAUUGUUCGUAAAGCCGUUGAGAAAGUCUGCCACAGCAGAAGUGGAGAGGUGAACUCUGGGAAGGUAGCCAACCUGGUGAAGGCCUAUGUGGAUAAAUACAAACAUGUCCGCAAGAAAUGACAACAGCCAAUUGGGGACAGUCGAAGCCCAUCAGCUGCUUAAGUGCAAUUUAAACCAGCUGUAACCAGGCAUCCAUGCAGAGAGAAAAAAAGACUGGAGCACCAAUUUUUGAUAUCUUUCAACUUACUUUGAAUGAAGAUUUUUCUAUAGAUUCAAUAUUUUGUGUAAAAAAAAUGAUCAGUCAGAAAUUGUAGAGCAAGGGCCCUUUAUUUUGCAUAAAAUAUGUUGUUUGGGAGCUACUGGACCCAGAGUAGUUUGGUAGUUAAGGUUAGUGUGUCUGUUGAGAUGAACCCAAAACAUGUCCACUGGUACGAUGCCUGGACCUACAUGAUUAUCAAGGUAAAUUUAUAUUGUUCAUGUUUUUAUAAAAGUGUAUGAUGAGAAUUCAGAACAUAGUGUCAAGAUUAAUGUUUUGCCUGAAUGAAUCUCUUGCCACAACAAUGUAUCCAGUGUGAUAGUACCAGGGACUGGAUUUGUUUGUUUCUUGCAGUAAUCAGCAGCACACUUUGUACCCUUCUGAACAGGGAACAUAUAUGACUCCUGGCCUUUACAAGUAUCCAAUAUGCUGUGUGAAUAUUGUGCACAAUACCUAGAAAGCAGUUAAAUAAAUUGGAGUGUUUAAAAACUAUAUUUUCACACUUUUUGAUUCAAUUCAUAUAGUAAUUGUGUAAUGUGAGUUAAACUGCUUGUUGAUUUUAGAAACUAGUUUGGAAGAUUUUCUUUUUAAUAAAUUGCCAGUUUUGCAAGAUG